AGUACUGUUUUCACUCCCUUUUUCUGUCAUCUUUUUAUAUAUAUUAUAUAUAAUUUUGAGGGUUUUGAUUAUAGACAAAGGCUGACAAAAUUGUAUACAGAAAAAAGGUUGGCUAAUGUUCAGGGUUUGGUGGAGGGUGGAGUACAGAAAAGAAGAGAAAAGAAGGGUGAAUAACGUGGCUUUGCAUACACACUCCGACUUCCAACCUGUCUCUCGCCUGCUCGUCGGAGAAGAAGAAGAAGAACCUUCUCUCUCUCUCGCCGGAAUUAUGGUCUCCGAUCGUUCAUUCUGUAACUUCUCAAUGCUUAUUCUCUUCUUCCUCUCACUGCUUUUCAGUACUUCUUCAUCCACUUCCAUUUCAGGUGAUGUCUUUGAAUCGAAGGUUUUAAUCGGUCGGAGCCUCCUCCAGGCUAGAAAAGCUUGUCCAGUGAACUUUGAAUUCUUGAACUACACCAUCAUCACAAGCAAAUGCAAGGGGCCUCGAUACCCUCCCGAACAAUGUUGUCCCGCUUUGACAGAAUUCGCUUGCCCUUACGCCAAGGAUCUCAACGAUUUAACAAAUGAUUGCGCUUCAACCAUGUUCAGCUACAUCAACCUGUAUGGGAAAUACCCUCCUGGCCUCUUCUCUAGCGAGUGCAAGGGUGGGAAGCAAGGUCUGGAAUGCCCUGCACUCCCGCCCUCCACUUCAGCUGAUCUUAACUGGGGUUCGAUAGCACGUUUGCCAUCUCGUUCGCUGAUCCUCUCGACUGGAUUCAUACUGCUGUUAUGGCUAUUCUGAUAAGGUCCAAGUGCUUACCAUUUUUCAUUUUUUGAUUCCAAUUUGUUAUAAUACCUUAAACAUACUGAAAAAACUGCAAUUAUGUGUACUACAAUUUAUUUAUUGUCAUUGUUUCAUAACAUAAAUUUGUGUAUCUAUCUAUCCAUCACUCUGAUAGCUGUGGAAAAUGAGUUCUUGUUCAUGAGAUUGAAUUGCAGAAGUUCUUAUUUGUUCUUAA